CUUUCCCGUUCCGAUCACCGAGAUCCAUUGUUGAACCUCCAUCAAUUUAAAUAUCUCAUCAACGCGGAUAUGUGCGAACAGAAUUUAUUUGUCUUAGCUUUCGUUCACAGUUCUCCAAACAAUGUGAAAGAACGCAAUGAGAUCCGAUCAACUUGGGGUGGAGACAAAAGAGCGCAUUGUAGGACCGUAUUCCUGUUAGGAGAUCCCCAGAACGAUCAAAUUCAACUGGCUAUUACUGAAGAAGCCAGGAAAUAUAAAGAUAUUGUACAAGGUGAUUUUAAGGACUCGUAUAGGAACCUCACAUAUAAACAUAUCAUGGGCUUGUCGUGGACUACACGUAACUGCCCUAACGUGAGAUAUAUUUUGAAAACGGAUGAUGACACAAUGGUUAAUGUUUUCAAUAUGAUGGAGUAUCUAAGUAAAGCAAAUCCACUGAAGAACUUUUUGUACUGCAGGGUUUUUCCAAAAAGUAGACCUUUUAGGUCCAUUAAUAAAUGGCGAGUAAACUUUACAGAAUAUCCAUUUUCUUUUUAUCCAAGCUAUUGUGCGGGAUUUGCUUAUCUUAUGACACCAGACGUUGCUGUACAGUUCUUGAAAGUUUCGAAAUAUGUCAAAUUUUACUGGAUAGAUGAUGUUUUUAUAACAGGAAUUUUG